AUGUCGGCCAGAAAUGAGCCCGUGGUGACGCCCGCACCCGCGCCCGCGCCCGCGCCCGCACCUCGGCCGCUGACCAGGCUGUCGCCCAUCUACGAAAUCUCCGAGGCUGACGCCGCCCAUCCCCUCUCUUCUUUUCCACUGACCAAACAACCCAGUUUAGGUCUAUCAAACACCUGGGUCCACGAAAACGUCACUACACGUCGUCAAUCAAGACAGAAGCGCAAGCGAACCGACUCACCAGAUCGCCAGGUCAAGACCGUCAUUGGGGCGAUGCAGUUGCAACGACACGGACAUAACACGAUUGACGCUGUGAACGUGAACAAGGACAUUUCAAAAUCGGCCGUCAAUAAUGCCCGACGUCUCGACUAUCUCCAGACCAUAUGGCCGGGUGGUGAGAUUAUCCCACCUCGUUUUCGCGACCCUCACAGCAAGCACACCCCAAGCUGGCAUGUUACCAACGAGAUGUACAAAAUCACCAGGCUAUUCGUCAAUGCUGGUCUGCCUCUCGAGUCAAUGUGGGACAACACGGCGCCCGAGGAUGGCACGGGGCCCCGCGGCGUGAUUCCAAGACACAUUGCCGAUACGACCGUCACCUACAUCACAGGAAAGGCUGCUCGCAAGGCUUAUGAAGAACUUAAAAAGUCCUGCCGGCUCAAGGUCGCUCCCGUCCAAGCUGACCCCGCAGGCCACACCGACGCCAAGCAACCAGAAGGCUCUCCGACUUCAUCGCUUGCCAAUGUUCAUCACAUCCAACCCUUCCGCGCAGCAUCCGUCGAUGAUAAGUUGUCUCGCCAAGAAGAAAUAGGAGAUGACCAGCCUCAGGACGAGUGCGAUAUGUUAUUUUCCUCCGAUGGAGGCCCAGACGAUGAAAUUGACGGAAAUUAUGCCGAAUACAGUCCUUCCGUUGGCUCUGACGCUGGCGGCAACACCGACUCCGAUAUCGAAGACGGUCGCCGCGUGGUCUCUGAUGGAGAUGUUCUAGACGCUAGCUUCCCUCUCUUAGCCCCAUUGGCCAAGUCUGUUGCUGGUUCCAACUUCGAAAUACCCGAUAAUGAUCUCCCGCCCAUCGCUUCUCCUUUGUUCGAGCCGAAGCAAGAAAUGCUGCCAGAUCUGCUCGACAUACAGCCUUCCAAAUACCAGCAAGACCUUGCAAAGGCAACAGUUCUCACGGCCGAGGACAAGCGUAAAUCCUCCAUCACGCGACAACAGCCGAACAAUCUCCUGUUCACGACCCAAUUCUCAAACGAUCAACAUUGGGCCGUCGCGCAUUUAGAACGCUCGGCUGCCACCAUCUGCUUCUACGACUCCAUGAGGUCGCCACGGCGAUCAUCUAUUGUUCGCUCCGCGCUGGAGGCCUGGGCUCGCGAAAACGCCCUUGUUGGGACAGAUCAGGUCUUUAAAUUCAAAACUAAGGACUGUCCUCAACAGAAGGAUGGUAUUAACUGCGGUGUUUUCGCCAUUGAAGCUAUUCUUCGCUUAGCUUCUGGUCGCGAGUGGCCUGUUACGAUCGAUCCUUCACGAUGCCGACAAGAAUAUAUCAAUACCUUGGUAUUGCACGAGCCCCUGAAGCCAGCUGAAGCGCCAGCGUCAAAAAGCGAGAUCCCCCAACAAGCUCAGCCGUCCAGUGCAAUUCUCCCGAGGGGCGCUGCUUUCGAAACUGAGAGUGCAAUCGAUGCUGCCGCAGACUCUGAGAAGAGGUCGACGGCCCAGAACCCCCAAGAACUUGAGACUCGUCUUGGAGAGAACGUGACCAGCCCGCCAACGAUGUGGUCACAGUCAGAGUUGAAAGCCGCAGCUGCCCACGCGCUGCCUCUUCAACUGGUCCAGUUUUUAUCAUCCCAUGAAGCGAUCAUGUCUGAAAGGCUGUCGCAACUCUAUGAUACAUCAAGUCGAUUAGAGUCCGAGGAAACGGAGAUACUGGAGGCUCUGGGUCGCGUCGCGGCGAUCAGAAAGCGGCUAGAGGAGAUACAGGCGCAGCUAGACUCCCUGCGAAAGGAACGAGAAGCGACCGAGGAGGAAUUAGCAGGGCUACAACAUCACGACACCGAACAUCGAAGACUUCUGAAUGCUAUGACUACCAAACUUCCUGCCGGUUUUUCUCAAGACGUCCGGACCAUCACCGAGCAGCACCUCAGUGAGGUUGGUCGACGCUUGACUGGAAUCAACCAUACGAUUACAGAGGUUACAUCUAGUUUGAUACAGUCUCAGACGGAGCUUGACCAAGCUGUCGAGAAGGAGGCAAGACUAGAGAAAGUCCGAAAGGAGAGGCGGGAGAUCUCGGCGAGUAUUGCAUGGCUUUCAUGUAUCGCAAAUGCGCCAAAAGCAUCAUCUUGCUAG